AUGUCUUUUCUGCGGCAGCGCGUAAAGGAACGCUGCCCAGACGCGCAAUUACGGACUGUUUCAAAAAGAAAAGGCACGAGCAUUCUGGGAUACUAUGACCCCGUCUUUUUCCAUGAGACUUCGCACCUCAUUUCGAUGUGUGACAUUCUGCCUACGCUCACUUGUGAUGAUCCGACGCUUUCUAUAAAUGGAACCCAUAACAUCGAUUGCCACGAACACUCAAUUAAAUUUUCUACUACCUCAAGGUUCUAUUGGACUACACGACAAGCGGAUACGAAGGAUAGAUCCUCAAGGAUGUCUUUAUUGGAUCACACAACGAGAGCAUGGAAAAAAUAA